UUGUCCAGACGAAACCCAACAAGCGAUCAACUCUCAGGCGGCUCACACCGAUUGUCAAUCUUGGAUUCGGAUCCGACCCGUUUUAAAGCCAAUCUCAAAGCCUUAGCCAUGGCGGAUUCCAAUUCAUCAUCAUCAUCAUCAAUGGUAUGAGACAGGAAACACUAGAGGAAGAAGAUUCGACUUCAAACCCCUAGCUUGUUUUAUCAUCUCCCCUCGCCGCGUGUACGGUGGUUGUGAAUUGCUAGGGCAUGGAGGUUACCGGCGGCGACGAGAAGGAGACCCGACCACAUAAAGCCUGUACGGAGGAAAGGGAUCCUGCUCGGGUGAAGAGAAAAACACUGGAGGCGGUGCUCCAGCAGUGCCAGAGAGCUCUUGAGCUCCUCAAUUCUUCCGGUUGUUCUGACAAUGAUGCCUGUGCCGCCGGAGAUGAUCAUAAGGAUGUGGAGGAGAACGAUGAGUGCUCGUCAUCUGCACCGGCUUGUGAUGCUGAGGCAGAUGAGUUAUGCGAUCUUCUGAAGUCGAGAGUUGAUAGCCCAGAUUUCCUUCAAAAGAUAGAGAGUGUUCAAGCAUCAGUUUCACAGAACAUUGCUGAAGAAGGCAGUUCAUGGGACAUGGUCAGUGACAAUGAUCUGUGGGAAAGUGGAAAUCCUCUUUUGGACAAUGAAGACUAUGUUUUAGUUCGGCAAGAAGACAUAGUGGAGGGUAUAGCAUGUUUCAUGGCCGCAUAUCUGCUGUCUCUUAAACAGGCCAAGGAUCUAACACCAACCCAACUGCAGGAAGCCCUCAGCAAGACAUUCUCUGUAAAAAAGAAAAAAGGGAAAUUUCGCAAGGCAUGGGAUGGAAGCAAAGUCCUUUACAAUGUUGCAUCGUGGGGGGCGACAGCAAUUGGAAUAUACCAGAACCCAGCGAUUCUCAGAGCUGCCACAUCAGCAUUGUGGACGUCAUGCCACGUCAUAUCAAAGCUGUUCUGAACGGUAGAUGUAAAUAGGACGGGGUGAGGAAAGCCUGCUUGUGUGUUUAUUUGAUUAUUCAUGUGAGGGAUGUUUAUAGUUUUAGUGUGGAUGACACUGAGUGAUAAGCUGACCGGCCAAUCGGCCAUAGCCACCACCUAAAAGCCUUCAUCACCAACUAUAUUCUCUUCUGUAACAAUGGCAGCAAUGGUGUCGAACGUCUUCUGCCAUUUAAUGUCUAUAAUUAUGUGGUGUGAUCCCCUUCAAUUGAAAUGCCCUUGUGUGUAAUAAACGCUGCUUGAGCUUCGGCUUCGUUUUUCAUCAUGGUUUCAGGUUACAUA